UUACAAUUUAUGUUUAGCCGUGGAUUUCUAUGGUGGAAAAGAAAAGGCUUCUUCUCUCUACUAGUUGUGAGUGCCUUGGCUCUCUCUCUAUCACAGUUUCACCCAGACGACUCACAGGAAGUAAAUAAUAGAGUGAGGCAGGACAGAGGGAGAGAGAGGGAGGAGGAGAAGAAGGGGAAGGGUAGAGCUGAACCUGAACCUCUUGUUGUUCGCCGUGGCUGGCGUACGUGGUGUUGAUGGAUGGUGGUUUUUCCUCCUCUCCGUCUUUAUCUACCUAAAAUAUCCAAAAGAUCGCUUCGCUUGGUUCCCACGGCAACAGCCUCCACACAGACUUUGAUAGAGAGAAAGAGAUCGAUUCUCUCCCUCCCACUCCCACCUUCUGCAGCGGCAACAAACCACCCCUAAUUUUAUUACUUUAUAUUCGUUCAUUCAUUCUCAAGGUCAAAGCAUAAAUCGGUCGCUCUAUUUCUACAAUUCUGGCGGACCUCAAAGGAACCUUGGCGUUCCUUUCGUCGACAGUUGUAGCGGAACAUCAUUACAAUUUCUUAGAUUUCUUCGAUUUCUUCAAUUUCUUCAAUUCCAAGACGAGGUGGUGGAGGAGGAGAAGAGGUGGACCUUUCUGCAGCGGCGAUAGUAGUACAAGCACAGAAAAGAAGCGAAAGAAUAUGCUCUGGAUUAUGAGGUUCUCUGGCUUCUUCUCUGCUGCAAUGCUCAUGAUCAUUCUCUCCCCGUCUCUCCAAUCCUUCCCUCCUGCCGAAGCCAUCCGAUCCCCUCACCACUAUCUCGAUUACUCUUACCUCCGCCUUCCUCCCCCGACGGAUUCCGGGGGAGGCCACUUCAACUUCCGGAAGGCCUCCGCAUACCGCAAUGCCGAUGAAUGUGCCUCCUCCUACGGCGCCCCAGGAAUGUGCCAUCCCAAUUUGGUACACGUGGCCAUCACUCUAGACGUGGAGUAUCUCCGAGGGUCAAUCGCCGCCGUGCACUCGGUCCUGCAGCACUCGCUUUGCCCGGAGAGCGUCUUCUUCCACUUCCUGGUGUCGGAGACGAAUCUGGAAGCCCUAGUGCGAUCCACUUUCCCGCAAUUGAAGUUCAGGGUGUACUACUUUGAUCCGAGGAUGGUGCGGAGCCUGAUCUCGACAUCGGUGAGGCAAGCGCUGGAGCAACCGCUCAAUUACGCCCGCAAUUACUUGGCGGAUCUACUGGAACCCUGCGUUGCCCGGGUCAUCUACUUGGACUCCGAUCUCGUUUUGGUCGACGACAUAUCCAGGCUCUGGGCUACCAGCCUCGGCUCCAGAACCAUCGGGGCGCCCGAGUACUGCCACGCCAACUUCACCAACUACUUCACGCCCGCUUUCUGGGCCGAUCAGCGGUUUUCCGGCACCUUUGACGGCCGGAAGCCUUGUUACUUCAACACCGGUGUGAUGGUGAUAGAUCUCGUGAGGUGGAGGCGGGCCAAGUACACCAAGCGGAUCGAGAGGUGGAUGGAGAUCCAGAAGAGGCACCGGAUCUACGAGCUGGGGUCGCUGCCCCCGUUUCUGUUAGUUUUCGCGGGGCACGUGGCGCCCAUCGAGCACCGCUGGAACCAACACGGGUUGGGAGGUGAUAAUGUGAAGGGCAGCUGCCGUGACCUGCAUCCGGGAGCGGUGAGCCUGCUGCAUUGGUCGGGCAGCGGGAAGCCGUGGCUGAGGGUGGACUCGAAACGGCCGUGCCCGCUGGACGCCCUCUGGUCACCCUACGAUUUGUACGGACACACUCUUUGAAAUGGAAGCGCAACAAGACGGUCGCCGGUAAAUUCCCUCUAGCACCUGUUUUGUCACAAUUUUUUUUUUUUUGGGUUUCCCGAUUGAAUUUGCCAUUUACUUUAUUUUUGUUUAGUAUUUUCCUUGAUUGUUUUGUAUCAUCAUCAUCAUCUUCUUCUUCUUUCUUUUGAAAUUUUGUUAAUGAUUAGGUGAUCUCUUUGUAAGAAUAAA